CAAGCUUGGAAGUUGGAUCCUGUCAUUCUUGUUGCAAUUGGGCCCUCAAACAGAUCAACUGUUGGGCAGCCACGUGUGCUCACAUCCGCAGCUUUCUCAGUUCGUUGAGUUCAACGGCUCAACUUGCAUCCGACAGAUUCACGCCAUGCGCGAAAGAGCUUCAUGUGGUCAACAAAUUUUGGAGAUCACACAUGGCCAUAGCCGCCUUUCUGUUGCAAAAAGACCAUCAACUUGAUCCUGCAGUGGGUUGGCCUUGGUGAUAUUUUGCUUUAUGAUAUUGCAUGUGUGUAUAUAUAGAUAUAUGUAUGUAAGGGUAAAUUAUAGGAAUAUACGCAUAUGUCUUAUGUUGUCUUCUGUGUAAAGCUGUUGUGGAAACAUGCGGAACUGCGUGUUUGAUGGUUGCGCCAGAAGACAUGAUUCUCAUUGCUGAGGAACACCUCUUUAUUCCACUUCACUUGGAUCAGAAGAUCUGGGUCACAGAUCAGUUCGAUUGCAGCAGAUCUACGGAUUUAAAGAUCCCACAAAAGUGACGGCAUUUCUACGAACUGCAGAUGCCACCCUUUUGGAGCAUGCGCUUGCGGUCAUGAAGGAGAACGGGCUGCAGUUCAAUGCAUAUCAAUGCUCAGCAGCCAUGACGAGCUACAAGAAUGCAUCAAUGUGGCCCAGAGCUUUGUCUUUGUUCCUCUCCAGCAUCCACAACAGCCUGGACUCUCCUACGAUGCAGAACGUUGCAUUGGGAUCAUGGGCCAGUGGAAGUCGCUGGAAGGAGGCAUUGGACCUUCUGCAGCAGACCCCUCCAUCGCGCAGACAGCUAUUCGCUUGCAGUGCAGCUUUGAGCGCCUGUGGAAAGUCAACAGCUUGGCAGGCCGCACUGACCCUCAUGAAAGAGAUGUUAGCAGAGGAGGUACAUGCUGACGUCGUUUGCUACAACACCCUCAUCAGUGCCUGUGGCAAAGGUGGGCAAUGGACUUUGGCGCUGGAAGUCCUGCAGGAAAUGAAGCGAAAGAUGCGUCCCAGCAAUGCCAGCUAUUCUGCUACCAUCAGCGCUUGUGAGAAGGCCUUCCGGUGGCGUGAGGCGUUGGCACUCUUGGAAGAAGCACACGCGGUGAGGCCACAACUGAGCUGCUUCAAUGCUGCCAUCAGCGCUUGUGAGAAGUGCCACAAGUGGCAGAUGGCCUUGAACAUCUUCCAGGAGAUUUCCCAAAGGCGGCAAUCUCCAGACAGGAUCAGUUUCAAUGCUUGCAUCAGCGCCUGUGCUGGGGAAUCCAUUUGGACCAUUGCCUUACAUUUAUUGCAGCAAAUGCCCCGCUGUCAACUCACACCUGGUGCCAUUACGCGCAGUGCCGUGAUCACUGCUUGUGAAAAAGCAUUGCAGUGGCAAGUUGUGCUUAAGAUCCUCGACCAGCCUGGAUUUGGAAGGGGAAGCGCUACGGAGCUGCACCAAGCCAUGUGGUACCUUUCAAAGCAGGCACCUUCCUCGCAGACGCAGCUGAAGGCCCUCCAAGGGGCCAGAGAAGCCACUGGUUUGGUGGACGAGUUCAAAGUGAAACAGUUGGUGAGCUUGCUAAGAUCCUUUGCAUCCAUGUUGGUUACUGACAGGGACUUGUUCCACAAAGCUGCAGCUUCGCUUGAGCUGAAGAUUGAGGGCAGCCUGCAGACGCAGGAGCUGGCCAAUGUGGCCUGGGCCUUUGCAGUUUCAUCGUCCUUGUCAUCAGGCUCGAUCUUUGACUCCGUGGAGCGGACGCUAACUGUGCGUGGUGAGGCACUUCUGGCCGACCAUGCCAGCAUUUGCACCGAUCCAAUGGCAAGAGACUAUGCGGAAGGAAUGCUCGGUGUCGUAUGGUCCUUGAACUACGCAGGAGUCUUGUCCCAACGAUUUCUGGACUUCGCGCAUCAAACCUUGUAUCAGCUGACCGAGCUCGAGGGAUGCUUUGCAAUGGAGCCAGUCAGGAGCUCCAGCAUCAAUGCGGGCCUUCCUCUCUUGCUGGAGACUGGGGAUGUCGCAGUCUUGCAGAAGCCAGCAGGGUGGCAGGUGGAUGAUGGGCAUCAGAAUACAGCUGAAGAUGUGUCCUUAUUGUCUACACUGGUACGGAGUAUGACAUCUUUGCGCCGCUUCCAUCUCCUGAGCGACUCUGCAUUCAGCCACGGCUUUCUGCACCGGCUAGAUGUGCCAACAUCAGGCCUCAUCCUCGUGGCCAAGACACACCGGGCCUUCUACGAUAUGCGCCUUCAAUUAGCCAGUGGCUUGUUGAAGCGAGACUACACCGUGCUCUGUCACGGUUUCAUUCCUGAAAAGCGUGAUGAAGUCCGGUCACCAGUGCAUUGGUGGUCUGACGGUCGCAGCACCAGCAGCUCUGUCGGACAGUUUGGCCGGCCCUCCAUCACAAUAUACUACAACUGCUCUCACUACCUCGGAGAGAAUGAUUCGCUGUGCCUGGUGUCCAUCCGCAUUCUCACAGGUAGAAAACAUCAGAUUCGUGUGCACUCCGCACAUAUUGGCCAUCCUGUGGUUUGUGACGAGAGAUAUUCUGCAGAGAAAACAUAUCGAUCAGAUAUGCAUUGGUGUCCAAGAAGCUUUUUGCACCGUUCUAGCCUUCAAUUUCGGGCCGAAGGCAGAAUUGUGACAGUUUCGUCAUGUGUCCCAAAUGAUUUGGCCAGAGCGCUUCGAUCCUGUAGACCCAUUGUGCGGUCGGAAAGCUGCGUGUUGCGGAAGUUGCCAUUGACCAUGCGUGUUUGCUACUAGUAACAAGGGCAUUACUACUAGGAACAAGAAGCUACUAGUAACAAAGGGCAUCUCUAGUAAUAACACGAAGCUACUAGUUGCCAUUAUUUCAGAUUUCCUCGUUGCC